AGCAAUGGGCACAGUCUUGAGGGCUGAGACUUUAUAGCCUAGGCUACAAGAUUUCUCCACAUUGCAGCCAAAUUCUGUCAUUCUUGUUGUAGGCCUAUAAGGUUUAUUUACAAAGUUAAAUGGUUGUUGGCAUAAGUCAGCGGCGUUAGUUUGAGCACAUAGCCAAUUGAAGUAGCCUAAGCUAUAGGCGCCUAAUUGUUUUGAUGCGUUGAAUGGAAGUCUGUGAGCAGUAAUUCGGUAGCCUAUAGCAGUGACCUCAAUAUUUCUCCGGUUAACGUGACAGCGGUGCCACAGUAGCCUACUAUCCGAACUAAAGAUGUUUAGGACCAUCGCGGACUCAGUUGUACCCUAAAUCGGGCUACUGUUGCUUUUGUGUCCUUGAAGACUUUUUUUUUCUCCAUAGGGAUUAUCUCACUUUUAGAGCUGGACUUUCUCCUGAGUGAACUUUGCCUUAGGAGGCUAACUUUAUAACAAACCUACCUAACUUGACCUCUUCAAUUGAUCGUGCUUUUCACUUGUCUUCACAACACACCGACAUGCGUGUAGCAGUUAUUGGCGCUGGAGUCAUUGGCCUCUCAACUGCUCAGAGCAUUUAUGAGCAGUACCAUGACCGAGCUAGUCCACUGACCAUAGAGGUGUAUGCAGACCAUUUCACCCCUCUUACAACAAGUGAUGGAGCAGCUGGGUUUUGGCAGCCAUACCUCUAUGACAAGGGCAACAAUCAGGAGACGAAAUGGAACAAGGAGACCUUUGAUUAUCUGCUAAGUUUCCUGCGUUCACCAGAUGCUAUACAAAUGGGUAUCUUCCUUCAGUCUGGCUACAAUUUGUGCACAGAGUCAGCCCCUGAGCCUUCAUUUAAAGACAUUGUGCUGGGUUUUCGCCAGUUAACAGAGCGGGAGUUGGAGAUGUUCCCUGGUUAUAGUUAUGGAUGGUUCAACACUGCACUUAUGGUUGAGGGAAAGACCUACUUACCAUGGCUUAUGGACUGGCUAAAGCAGAGAGGCGUGAAGUUUUACCACAGGAAGAUAAAUUCAUUUCAGGAGUUGGCUGACAGUGGUUUUCAAGUCAUUAUUAAUUGUACCGGAAUGCGAUCUGGAGAGCUGCAGCCUGAUCCACAGCUCCAGCCAGGGCGAGGUCAGAUCCUUAAGGUGGAUGCUCCUUGGCUUAAACAUUGGAUUCUCACACACAACUUCACAAAAGGCACUUAUAACACACCCUACAUAAUACCAGGGAGUCGUUUGGUGACUGUGGGAGGAAUCUUCCAGUUGGGGAAUUGGAGUGAGGCAAAUAACUCCAUUGAUCACAAGAAGAUAUGGGAGGAGGCUUGCCAGCUGGAGCCCAGUCUUAAUCAUGCACGAAUUGUAGAGGACUGGACAGGACUAAGACCUGUGCGCAGCAGCGUUCGACUCGAAAGGGAGUCCAUUCAGUCUGGUCCAGGCACACUUGAGGUUAUCCACAACUAUGGCCAUGGAGGCUAUGGGCUUACGAUUCAUCGCGGCUGUGCCCAAGAGGCUGCAAGACUUUUUGGUGAGAUCCUGAAGCUGAAACAAUGGGAGAAAAAGUCACAUCUUUGACCCAACAGACCACCAAAGCAGCAUUACAUUGUUAUUUAAUGUUAACAUGAUUUGCAGAUUAACACAUUUACGAGUUAUUGUUAUUGAGACACAUGAGCCAAACAAACUGGUGAACAUGGGAAAAUUGAGUAGACUAAUGUCAAUUACAAAUAACUAAUCAGUUUUUAGAUUAAAAUAAUAUCUUAAGUUGUAACAUUAAGAAUGAUGGAACAUGGAAUGUAAGAGAACUAAGAGAGUAUUAGGCUACUAGGGCCAACCCCAGGUGUAUGCUUAAACUUAUACUUACAGUACAAAUGUAAUGAUGGAGUUUUAAAAGAACUGUAUAGAUGAAUAUAUCUUUAGAAUAUGUUGGAAGUUGUUCCAACAUGAUUUAAAUGAAUAAAAUCAAUCAAUAAAUACUGAAAUUUGCCUGGAC